CAGUUAGUGAUCUCUGCAGGACAAACGAUGGGUCUUAGCUUGAUACUUAGCCGACGGCUACUGCCUCGUUGGCACGGCCUCCUACAGUGUUGCAACAUUAAAUCAGAAAACUCCACCAGACGUUUGUGGAUGUCUACCUGCACAAGAUGUGAUGUCCUUCAGAGGUCUAUAUGUGGUGAGGACAGCAUCUCAUUGGGUGAAGCUGUCAGAGAGCAACAUGGCAAAGAUGAAUCUGUACACAGAUGCUGUCCCCCAGAUAUGGUGGUGUUUCCUCGUUGUGUGGAGGAGGUCAGUGCCCUGGCCAAGGUCUGCCACCGACACCGCCUUCCCAUUAUCCCUUUUGGCACUGGGACUGGCCUGGAGGGAGGGGUCAGUGCAAUGAAGGGUGGUGUGUGCUUCAGUCUGAGGAACAUGGACCAGAUCCUGGAUCUCCACCAGGAGGACUUUGAUGUGACAGUUGAACCUGGUGUGACUCGGAAGGCCCUCAAUGCCUACUUGCGAGACACCGGCCUGUGGUUUCCUGUUGAUCCUGGAGCUGAUGCAUCUCUGUGUGGUAUGGCUGCCACCAGUGCGUCUGGUACUAAUGCAGUGCGUUAUGGAACUAUGCGGGAAAAUGUUAUAAACCUGGAGGUGGUGCUGGCUGAUGGGACCAUCAUAUACACAGCUGGAAAAGGCCGACAUCCCAGGAAGACUUCAGCAGGCUACAACCUGACAAACCUGUUUGUAGGUUCAGAGGGUACCCUGGGGAUCAUUACUAAGACUACAUUGCGCCUGUUUGGUAUCCCAGAGGCCAUGGUGUCAGCUGUGUGCUCUUUUCCCUCCGUCCAGGAUGCUAUAGACAGCACAGUGCAGAUCCUACAGGCUGGAGUCCCCAUCGCUCGCAUCGAGUUUCUGGAUGAUGUGAUGAUUGAUGCGUGCAACAGGUUCAGUUGUCUGUCCUAUCCUGUGAGACCAACUCUGUUCCUGGAGUUCCACGGCUCUGAGCAAAGCCUUGAGGAACAAGUCAACAGAACCGCAGUUACAGCUUCGAGUCUUCUUGGGAUAAGUCUCGAAGCUGAGAAUGAGCUGGAGAAUUCAUUGUGGACCAUCAGCUGGUCUAUGAAUGUUAGCACCACAGAGGACAUCACUCAGAGUAACAGAGGUUCAGAUUUUCAGUGGGCUCAAGAUGCAGAAACAAGGAACCGGCUGUGGAAAGCUCGUCAUGAUGCCUGGUACGCUGCUUUGGCUCUCAGACCUGGCUGCAAGGCCUACGCUACAGAUGUGUGUGUCCCUCUGUCUCGAUUGUCUCAAAUCAUUGUGGAGACAAAGGAGGACAUGAUUGAAAACAGACUUACAGGUCCAAUAGCGGGUCAUGUAGGUGAUGGUAACUUCCACUGUCUCAUAUUGGUGGACCCCAACGACCCAGAGGAGCUGCACAGGGUUCAUCUGUUCACUGAGAGACUGGCCAGGUUGUUCAAGUGCAUGCUUUAAGCUUCAGUAAAUGUUCAGGCUUGAGGUCAGUCAGGUAGACAGGCCUCACUGCUCCCUUUUUGCAACUUUUCCUCGGUAUCUUCUGUCAUUCACUCUUCAACGCCUUUCUCCUUUCCCUAAUUCUCCCCACACUUUCCCUAAUCCCUAUCACUCUGCUUAGCUACUUUCAGAAAAAUUCACCUACACUUUGACAUUACACACUCACCCAUCUCACUUAAUUGAUAUUGAUAUCAUUGGACUUAAUUAAGUGUUGGGUUUUGAAAAGGUUGUUGGAUACUGUGGUAUCUAUCUAAAAUCUAUUUUAAAAGAUUCACACAGUAUUGGUUACGUUUAGGUAUUAGACUAGCAUACAUUGAAAAAGUGUAGGUAUUAAUUUUGAAAUGGUUAUGGUGACUGGGUUAUCAAUAUUUAGUUAACAAGGUUAGAAAUGUUGUUUUUAGGCUUUAAGUUAGGGAUGGAUGCAGCUGUAUGCAAACGGUUGGGCACCCAAGAGCAAAUUACAUAUAUUGUAUUGUAUUAAUAAUAAUAAUGACAUUAAUGCAUUUUAUUUAUGGAUGCCUUUCAUAGCACUCAAGCAGACCUUACAAGACAGUUAAAAAACAAGCAACAAUGCAUCAUAGAACCCAACAAAGCAGUACUAAGCUAAUACAAUAAAUAAGUAUAAAAUCAUACCAUACCCAAUAGAAAUCAGACUGAAUAUGCCAGUUUGAAAAUAUAUGUCUUGAGAUGGGAUUUCAAGGAGGACAGAGAGUCAGUAUUGUGAAUAUCUUUGAGAAUUCAAGCUGAGCGGCAGAAUGACUGAAGACUCUGUAUCUCUUGGUACAAAGGUACAUAGUAUGAAAGUAUAUAGUAAAUACAACCCCUGCAGCAAACAAACAUUGAAAAUUAGCUUUUCUUCAAUUGUUAAUGCACUGGUAUUUUUUAUUUCAUGAACCCAGAAAAAAUUAUACAGCAAUUGUAUGUGCAAAAGAAUGGGACACCCCACUAAAGUCAGUACCUAGUAAUCCACCCCUUUGGCAGAUAUCAGUUUGCAAAACACUUUCUGUAGCCAACUAAGAAGGGUCUAUUCUUGAUUUAGGAAUUUUAAUCCACUCUUUUCAAAUUCUGAUAUAUUUUUAGACACACACAGCAUGUUCAAGAUGUCCCAACAGAUUUUCAAUGAUGUUCAAGCCAAGGGACUGUGAGGGCCAUUCCAAAAGCUUCAGCUUGUGCUUCUUGAAGAUGGUCAUGGUGGAUUUUGUGGUAUUCUUUAGGGUCAUUUUCCUGUUGUAGAAGCCAGCCUCCUUUCAAUUUAACUUUCUUGACUGACUGAAUGAUAUUUGUGUUCAGAAUUUUCUGAUAUUUAGUGAAAUCUAUUUGUACCUCUGUGCCACUGGCUGCCACACAACCCCAAAGCAAAGCAUUUUCACCCCCAUGCAGAACAGUUGGCAAAGUGUUGAUUGCAUCUAAUCCUUUUUUCCCCACAAAUAUGCCUUUUACUGUGGCAAAAGGGCUCAAUUUUGACUUCACCCCUUGUCUUGCUCUAGGUCAAUGACUCAAAUUUGCGUGUCAAGGUUGACUCUAUAUGGAACAUUCUCAGAGAUUUAUAUCGCCUCCUUGAGUGGAUCCUCUUAGGGCAGUGAUUACAUAAGAAUGAAUGGAAUGAAAUCGCUGCAAAAUUUUGCCAUUUUAAGUCUUGGUGUGUAUUUUGCCCUAACAUUUGUACCUCCAAAAAUACAAUUUGGUCACUGCAAUGUGACCAAAUUGUAAAGGGUAAGUGGACUGCACCUGUAUAGUUAGUUAUGUGUCUUGCCAAACAUUUGGCCCUUUCGACACUGAGUAAGGAGACACCGCAGUAAUAUCAAACAUAAACAUCAAACAUAAAAAUGAUAUAGAUAUCUUCCGGUAACAAAAGAAAACAUGAGUUAUAAUAAUAUGUACUUUUAUAUACUUUCAAAUAACAUUUAUGUGCAACAUUUUAAAUACGUUUUGAUCUGAAUAGCAGAAGAAAGAAAAAUGCUGCAAGUCCAAAGAUGUUUAUGCUACUAAAGGGCUCUUUUUCUUCAAUUGCCGUUUCUUUUUUUUUUUUUUUUGGAUAAAAAGUACUGCAUAGUUCCCAAGUACAUAUAUUAUUAAGGUGUCACACUAAAGAAAUCCUCUCUUCUUCAAAAGUGACAUACCAUCCAGUUUAAUAAAGUAGUAAAGUGGUAAAAUGUAGUUUUACAGAGCUUCCAUGCCAUGCACUGACCUGGCCUUCCUGGACAAUAUUUAAGGUUAGAGUCUUGCUCAAGGACACUUACACAUUUGGCCUGGAGGAAACUGAGGGCUCAAACUACCAUGCACAGUACCAUGCAAAAGUUUUAGGCACUUUAGAUGUUCAUAUUCUUAUACAUGACGCAUCUGAUUGAGGCAUCUGAACGGUCCCAAAA